CAGUGGUUCAUGAUGAGUCUCAGCGACAAGGUGGUGAUCGUGACGGGAGCUAGCAGCGGCAUUGGUGCCGCCAUAGCCCAGGUGUUGGCACGCGAAGGUGCCACCUUGGCGCUGGUGGGACGCAAUGUGGCCAAUCUGGAGGCCACCAAGGAGAACUUGAAGGGAGCACAGGCGGAGAUUGUGGUGGCCGAUGUGACCAAGGAUGCGGAUGCUAUUGUUAAGCAGACUUUGGCCAAGUUUGGACGCAUCGAUGUGCUUGUGAAUAACGCCGGCAUUCUGGGCAAGGGUGGCCUCAUCGAUCUGGACAUCGAGGAGUUCGAUUCGGUGCUGAAUACCAAUCUCCGUGGUGUUAUCCUGCUGACCAAAGCCGUGCUCCCGCAUCUCCUGAAGACCAAGGGAGCCGUGGUCAAUGUGAGCAGCUGUGCUGGCAUUCGUCCCUUCGCCGGAGCCCUGAGCUACGGAGUUUCCAAGGCCGCCCUCGAUCAUUUCACCAAGAUCGUGGCCCUCGAAAUGGCCCCGCAGGGUGUGCGCGUGAACUCCGUGAAUCCUGGCUUUGUGGUGACCAACAUCCAUCGCAGCAUCGGAAUUGUCGACGAGGAAUACCAAGGAGUGCUCCAGCGUGCCAUCCAGUCGCAUCCCAUGGGCCGUGUGGGAGAAGUCACCGAAGUCGCCGAGGCCGUGGCCUUUUUGGCUAGCUCCAAUGCCAGUUUCACCACCGGCGCCCUUCUGCCCAUCGAUGGUGGCAAGAACAAUCUGACGCCUCGUUAAGUCUGCGCCCCGUAAUUACCUUUUCCUCCACUUCCCCUUCUUCUUUUUUUUUUUGUAAUAAAUAAGACGAAACCACACAGAA